GACAGACAGACGGAGGUGGUAUAAGAGAGCUGUGUGUGUGUGUGUACGUGUGUGUAUCUACAGACUGACAUCAUGAUGCGAGCACUGGCUCUCCUGCUGCUUCAGGUGGCAUAUGUUUUUGGAUGUGGUACGCCUGCUGUCAAGCCUGACACCAACAGGGUGGUGAAUGGAGAGGAUGCUCGCCCCCAUAGCUGGCCUUGGCAGAUCUCCCUGCAGGUGAAGCACGGCAGCCGAUACCAUCACACUUGUGGAGGGACUCUGAUUGGACCUCGCUGGGUGCUGACUGCCGGACACUGCAUCUGGCCAGGAGAUGUGUACCGUGUGGUCUUGGGAGAGCACGACAUGAGCCAGCAGGAGGGCACAGAGCAGAUCAGAGAUGUUCUGCGCAUCAUCGUCCACCCCAAGUGGGACAUUGACUUUGUGGCUGAUGGAAACGAUCUCGCCCUGCUGAAACUGGAUAAGAGCCCCAUAAUGAAUGACAGCGUCGGCGUGGCUUGUCUUCCUGAGGCUGGAGAGAUCCUCGCCCAUGGGACCCCGUGUUACAUCUCCGGCUGGGGCAACCUUUACACACACGGCCCCAUGCCUGAUAAGCUGCAGCAGGCCUUGCUGCCUGUGGUGGAGCACAGCGUGUGCAGCCGCAGCGACUGGUGGGGCAUCAACGUCAAGAGCACCAUGGUCUGUGCAGGAGGAGACGUCGUGUCUGGAUGCAAUGGAGACUCUGGCGGUCCUCUCAACUGUUUGGGCCAGGAUGGUCGCUGGUACGUCCAGGGUGUCACCAGCUUUGUUUCCUCUCGUGUCUGCAAUGAAGUGAAGAAGCCAACCGUCUUCACUCGCACCUCCGCCUUCACGGAUUGGCUCAGUGACGUCAUGCUGCAAUACUGAGGAACAACUGGACACCAGUUGAUCAAAAAUGAGGUCUCAAAUUCAAAUAUUUUCUCUAUUAAUUUUUAGUUUCACAUGAGCGUCAGACAGAACAAAAUGUCUGUUAGUGCUGAAAAGAAUAGAAAAAGAUAAAUACUUUUCAUUCAGUACAAUAAACGUUUGUGUCUCUUGUCA